AGUGUUGGCCGGGACUCCUCUUCUUUGACAACAUUAACUGUUAUUCCAAUCUUAUGUCAUUUCACCAUACUAAGUGACUACCAAGAGAAUGUGCAAAUUCUGUAUUGCAAUGUACAAUCCCAGUUUGAAGUGAGCAAAGAUCAAUGGAAUUCUCUAGGGGUGUUGUAAUAGUUUUGGAAAUCCUUGGGGAAUAGUCUUAAACAUUGGAGUUAUUUAGGGUAAACAAAGAAUUCAUGGAAUUUUAUUAGGAAAAAAAGUACUGUUCAGUAAGUUCCUCAGGGGUAAAUUCAUAUCUUAAGGAAGUCUCCCGGGUGAAUGCAGUCUAAUAGAAUUCCUCAGGAGUAAGAAGGAAGUUUAUUAUAUGUUGUCAACCAGGAAGAGGGUGUAGCUAUUAAAUGUGAUGGCCCAAUUUUUUUCUGCCAUUGAAGGAGGACAAAGCACACACAAUGACUGCAGACAACAGCAUGCAAGGACUAGACAAAGCAAACAUGAUGUGAUUUUAUCUAGUUGGAUAGUAAAUCUUUUAUUCAAUGGUUUACAUUGUAAAAGUAUAAUGGACAUGGGUGUUUUGCUCAUUGCUUGCCUAUACAUGAAACCAUCCAACACAUGAUUGAUAGAAUUCACAUACAAAAGUUAUUCAAAAUAACUAAGAAUCACGAAUCACCAGUGCCACUAACAAAAGGAGGGAUACAACAAUCUGUUAGUAUGCCAAGUUGUGGUGGUUUCUUUUUGCAUGACCUUGUAUUAAUUUUGUUUUUUCUGGCUUGACUGUUCAUUAGCCACAGGCAUGUGACUCAUUGUUUGUGAUAAAUAAACAAUUUUUUUCCUCCAAAAGGAUUCAUCAAAGAGAAGAGAUUCUCCUAAGGCUUAAAAUUCACAUCCAAUUUCUUCCUUACAUCCUUGGAAGUUGUAAAAAUUGGCAAUUUUUCCAUCUCUAAGUUAUUAUUUUUUUUUGUAACAGCUGAGAAAAAAAGUUCUGUCUCUGCUGUUUAUUGAACUGAUCAAACCAGAGAAAGAAGCUUUCAAU